AUGUUCUCCCCAAAUAGUGAUGGUGAAAUUGGCUUCGAUGAUAUAAAUAUUCGGAGACAAUUUUUAUGCAAUGUGUUAAAAAAUUGUAUAUGCCUACUACUAUUUGCAUUAGCAUUUGUGAGUGUGGCAACAUUCCAUGAUUCCACUAAACUUUAUGUACAAUCAAAUCCUGGUCUCAGUACCAUUGCAAGUAUUAUUACCUUAGGUAUUUUAAUAGUGCUCGCAUGCAAUGAAAAUUUACGACGCAAGAGCCCUAAUAACUUUAUUUUCUUGUUUUUGGUGACUCUAGCUUUAUCGUUUUUACUAGCGACGUCUAUAUCUCAUUACUGUCCCAAUCAUGUACUUUUGACUCUCAGUUUGGCUACAUUUAUAUGUUUUGGUCUCACAAUGUUUGCUUUACAAGUUAAAAUAGAUUUUAUAGUUAUGGGUAGCUUAUUAAUGAUAUGUAUAAUAGUUUUAAUACCUGCAUCCAUCGUUAACUUAUAUUUUCCUGGAAGAAUAAUGACACUCAUAACUGCAUGUGUAGGGGCAAUAAUGUAUUCUUUAUAUCUUAUUUAUGAAAUCCAAAUUUUGGUUAGCGGUAACCAUGAAUUUUCAAUCUCUCCUGACGACUAUAUACUUGCAGCAUUAACCAUUCAUGUAGACAUAGUAAACACUCUAAUGMAUAUGUUAGUAACGAUGGUACAUGACAACGAUUGA